UCAUGCUUCUGAAGGGUGCAUACAACCUGGGAAAUCCACGCAACGCAGAUGCAUGCAGGAGCGCUUUGGACUUUGCGUAACACAUUGAUUAUCGGACAUGGAAGGCUGCAGUCGAGUACCCAUUGCCAGGCCGUUUUCUUUCCGAAUUGGGGGCGGAUUUCGCCAUCUAGCUGGCCUUGGCUCGGAGUACCUAACUUAGAGGAGUUAUUUGUUGAAUAAUCUCGACUCUUCACCUACUCAAGACCGUUUCCAAAUCUCGAUCUAAUAAUAAUAUACGGAGUACAGUAAGCUGACUUCAGUCAAGUCAACAACUCCCUGAGUGAGGGAUUUCUCCGCCUGAGCACGCACUGCGGCUGCGUUAUUAACCAUCAUCUGGCUUCAUGAAACCCGCAGAAGCUUGGGCCCCAUUCCAUGCAGCUGCAAAACAGGGAGGAGACUAGUAGUGACGAGUCGUCAGUUAUCACCUCCAUGAUGCCAGUCAUUCUAUACUGUUUCUUGCAAGGUUGCCAGGCUAUGUUGACGCCUUCGCCCAUGCGAUUGGGUCUUUUCCGCGGAAACCCCUCCUAUUAGGCGGAAAGGG